AUGGGUGUUAACAAAAAGGAUGAACGAAUGCCAGAAGAGCGUGUACCGGGAGAAGCAAAGGAGAUGCUGAAAUCAUUGGCAUCCAAGUGGGAAGAUGUGACUGAUGCAAAUGCAUUGCAGGUGAUCCCUCUCAAAGGUGCAAUGACCAAUGAGGUCUUCCAAAUAAAAUGGCCAACGAAGAUUGGAGAGCUCUCGCGCAAGGUUGUGGUCAGGAUUUACGGUGUGGGUGUGGAGGUUUUCUUUGACAGGGAUAAUGAGAUCCACACGUUUGAGUUCAUGUCCAAACAGGGGUAUGGACCUCGUCUGCUUGGACGGUUUUCCAAAGGACGAAUUGAAGAGUUCAUCCAUGCUCGGACACUAUCGGCUCAUGAUCUGCGUGAUCCAGAGAUUUCAGUACUUAUAGCGGCCAAAAUGAGGGAGUUUCAUGUUCUUGAUAUGCCUGGUGAAAAGAUUGUCUACCUUUGGGAUAGACUGAGAAAUUGGCUCAAAGUGGCAAAGGAUAUGUGUUCUCCAGAUGAAGCUAAAGCCUUCCGCUUGAAUGAUAUUGACGAGGAAAUCACAUUACUCGAGAAGAAUCUCUCUGUUGAUCAACGAAUUGGAUUUUGCCAUAAUGAUCUACAGUAUGGUAAUAUAAUGAUUGAUGAAGAAACCAAAGCAAUCACCAUAAUUGAUUAUGAGUAUGCAAGUUACAAUCCUGUUGCCUUCGAUUUAGCAAAUCAUUUUUGUGAGAUGACUGCUGACUACCAUUCGGACACACCCCAUGUAGUGGACUACACUAAAUACCCUGGUCUGGAGGAGCGCCAACGGUUUGUGCAAGCUUAUCUGAUUUCUUCAGCGGAUAAACCUGGUGACAAAGAGGUGGAGCAGUUCCUUAACGAUGUCGAAAAAUUUACACUUGGAAGCCAUCUGUUCUGGGGCUUGUGGGGCAUAAUAUCGGAACACGUCAACAAAAUCGAUUUUGAUUACUUGGAAUAUUCAAGGCAGCGAUUUGAACAGUACUGGCUAAGAAAGCCAACCCUGUUGGGUUCAUCAGAAGGAUCCACUACUGCAAAUGCUGCUGGCGCUCCCACUUCCGCCGCCACCACCACCACUGCAGCUGCCAGUGCGGAUCCUCCUACGGCUGCCACCACCACUACCACUACCGCUGUCACCGCUGAUGGUGCAACUGAUGGUGGGAGAAAGGAAGAGCAAGGGAAAGAGUCAUCUCCAAGUGAAAAAGCAGCAGCAGCAGCAGCAGCAGCACAAGAGGAAGAACGGACGGAUUCACCGAAAGCAGGGGAAGAUGGAGAAGAUGAUAAGGAUCCAAACGGGAGAGGGAAACAGCAGCAACAGCAGGGUGUGUUCAGGAGGUUCAAGAGGUAUCUGGGCUUCACCAAUGUGUUCAAGAGGCACAGCCACUCUCACUCCCACUCUAAAUCAAUUGAUCACAUUCCUCCACAAGAACAACAAGAUGCCUCCUCUGCUCCUGCUCCUGCUGACAAUGCUGCUGCUGUUUCUGGAAAACCAACAUGA